AUGCAGGCCAAGAAGCAGCAAUCCGGCAGCAGCAAUGGGAACACACAGAGCAUCCCCGUCGACGCUGGACGGACGGUUGCGAGGGCACAAGGUGAAGAAGCCGGCGACGAGGGAGCAAGGGGGGAGAGGAGAGAGGAAGUCCUUACGGGCGAGGCAAUCAAUAGUACCUGUAGCCGUGUGGUACCGAAAGGAGCGAAUGGGAGAAGAGCAGAAAAACAAUAUAUUAUUUAUAAUGGAAAACAAAGGCUUGGGCGGGACGCGAGGUGGACUGAUGGUCUGGGGAGGAUGGAGCUCGCAAAGUACAAAGACGAGCAAGCUUUGCAGAAAACGUUGCUGGGUGGGAGUGACAAGAGAGAGGAAAAGAGAGGGUGGCUAGAGAUGGCUGAGGACGAUGGAUGGGAAGUACAGACGGGCCACACAGACAGCUGGACAGGUAGACACGCAGCUGGACAGACAGACACGCAGACAGUAGACAGACAGAUGGUGGAUGGCAGACAUGAAGAGCAGCAAAGAAAAAAUGGACAAGAAAAAUCAAAGAGAAAACAAGCAAACAAGAAAAAAGAAGGCAUCAACGUACGACGGCUGGUGGUUGGCGCGGCGCUGAGGGCAGGGCGAAUGAUGCAGUGGUACUGCCCGGUACUCCGGCGAGAGAGCUGCGAAGACGCGGAUCGGCCAGGGUUGGACGUCGAGCGGAUAAGUGCAAGAUGGUUCGUUGUUGGAGUAGGUGGUGGUGGCCGCAGUAUCAGAGGCCAAGGUGGACGGCAAGUUGGAAUGCUACUGGACGAGCAGCAGAUGCGUGGGAUCCGAAAAAGCUGUGCGGUGCGACUGGAGCAGGCCGGCGGUAGCGUGGCGGCAGGUCAGUCAGAGUCAGCCUGCAAAUGGCGUGUAGCCGGUACAGUACGACCGGACGGCGGUUGCGAGCAGCUGGUGCAGUUGCAGGCGGUGGAUCCGCGGGCCAGACGUGCAGCGCAAGCUCGAGAUGGCCAGGUCUGGUCAAGUAUCGGGCUUCAGCUUCAGCUUCUCGCAGCGUCCCAGGCUUGGGGGUGGAAGGUCGCGCAGUACUUGGAGCCCAAAUGUUUUGGAGCGACUGGGACUGGGUCUGUUUUGGGGAGGGAGAAGGGAGAAGGGCGGCCGGAGCGCAAAAGAGACUGGAAGAAAAGCUUGGCCUUGUGGGUGGGAGGGUCCACUGACGAGGUGCAAGUACCUCGAUUGAGCAUGUUGCGGUACUUGGCGCUGCAGCUGUCCGCGUGGAGGCCAGGCGGCAAGUCGAGGGGCGUGCAAGUACCGGUACCGCGCCGCUGGUGUCGUCAAGGCCGGGGCGCAGGGAGGGGCGUGACAGUGCAUCACCCACAUCGCAGGCCCCGGAUCCGCACGGUCCUCGUCAGGCAUCGCGUUGCACCGCAUACAGUGCCCGGCCUCGGACAGCAACGGUGGGCUGCCUUGUCGCAGCUCGCACGGGAGUCCGCAGCAGGUUGCGGCGCAGCACAGGCCCCCAGAGCCUGCUUCCCUUGGCUCCUGCUCGGCAACGCACGGUACGGGCUACAGGCGGGCUACGAGAUCACGGUUACAGUCAGAAGUGCGCAGCACCUGCAUACGGUGAGGAGCCCAGCUUCCGAUAAAAGAAAUUGCAACGAGAGCGCAGCAGCUGUUGGGAACUGCUGGGGACUGCUGGGGCAUGCGGCGCCGGCCAAUCAGCGGCGGCGAACGCCUACGCGUCCUGCUGCAAAUUGGGCGGCGCACCGUCCGCUCCAGCCACUCAUUUCGCCGCGCAGCCAAUGGGCGGGGCGGGGGUCGCAGAUUGGGGUGCGUUCAUGUGCAACGCAGCGACGAGGACAGGAGAGGCGGGCGGGUGCAGGGGCCACGGCUGGGCUGGGUAUGCGGUACUUUGCGCGCGAGUACUUGGAGUUGCAGCCAGGCGGGUACAAGGCGUCCAAGGCCUUCCCUGUCUCUGGAAAAAGGGCUCGAGCAAAAAGCGGAGCCUGCGGCGAUUGCGUGGAAUUGGUUGGCCGCACUCGUCUGGCCAGGCCUGCCUUGCUACAGUAUGGCAUGCAUCAACAAGCGCAAAAGCAACGCUCCGGUGAUGUGAUACGCGAUGGCCUCGUCUCUGGGGAACCUGGGAGCAGGCAGCGACGAGAACCGGCGGCCAGCCUUGCUCCUGCUCACGCUCCUUUGCGAGCAGCCUUGCGUGCAAUCGGCCCUUGUGCGAGCUGCCAGCAGCCUCGACGUGCUCCGGCACCGCAGGAUCCACGACAGUUUGCGAUGGACAGUAAACAACAAACAACAGUCGUCUACAGUAAUCGAUGCCGAGCCGGGACGCUCCUUGUGCUGCACAGCUUCCAGAAUGCGCCCAUCCCGCCCCCCUGCAGCGCCGCUCGCGCGAACUGCAAAUCGCCAGGCCGUACCUCGCCGCCUUGUACUCGAUACCUUUGGGGCUGGAGAGGCUAG